GAACGCUGCCUAGAUUUCCCAAACAUUUACACAAAGCACUCCAUACAGUUCUCCUCCCUGGCUCCCUGAUGGUGGAACAAGCUACCUACUGCUACCAGCGUAUAAGUGUCUCACUACCCCAUAAAAACUGAUGACUCUUAACAAUUAACCACAUCUAACCUUAUUCCUUGCUCUCCCUCCUCCUUUCCCAAUAUUACCCGUUUGGCCUCCAUCAGGCCCUGCUAUAUGUUUUACUUUUGCCUUGGGUUUUUGAUGUCCUCUAUUGCUUAUAUACCACUUUGGAUAAAAGGGUCCGCUAAAUGUAAUGUAAUGUAAUGUUAUUUAAUAUGGCCUGAACCAUAUUAAGCAAUUAAUAGCCUCAGGUGUUUUGGAUGGAUGGUAUCCAUCACUGGUUUUCCACUAGAACUCACUCCCAUUAUAACACACUUUGGAUUAUCACCCAUUAGCUGUCUGUAUUUUAUGGAAAGUCUACCAAUGUUAUAGACACUGGCUUAAUUCAUUAGGUGAAGACUGUGGUUUAUGGUGAAGGCUACGUAUGAUUGGGGCUCAAAUCCAGUCAGGCUCCAUGUGCCUAAUACCCCAGCACCCAGCACUCCAUACACACAGAAGUAGUCCCGGUGAGUUGUGCACAAAAGCGGUACAGCGCCACCACCUGAACUGAGAGCACUCCACGCUGGGUAAGUACUCAGGCACUGUAUACAUCCGACUCUCUGCGGGGGUAGAUACCAGAUGCAGAAUUGACGCAUACGCCUCUGUCCAAUCACUGCGGAGCAAGUGGCGCCCCCUAUUGAUAUUUUGCGCGUUACUGCAGCUGGGGGGUUGUUUACAGCCAUUCCCAGAACGUUGAGGAAAAAAGAUAACCGGCUUUUUUUUGGGGAGCCCCGGUGAAUUGCAGGUGGGCAGUAUGUUCCAGCUCCCAGUCAACAAUCUUGGCAGUUUAAGGAAAGCCAGGAAAAAUGUAAAAAAAGUGCUUGGCGAUAUUGGCUUGGAGUUUUGCAAGGAACAUGUUGAUGACUUUAAAGACUUUGUGCCCAAUGAGUUCUACAUCAAGAACACAACCUGGGACGAUGUGUGCAUGUAUGAUCCCUCGCAUACCAAAAAUCAAGACUACCGAUCAAAGCCAUUCUGUUGUUCAGGCUGCCCAUUCUCCUCCAAGUUCUUUUCGGCUUACAAGAGCCACUUCCGUAAUGUCCACAGUGAGGACUUUGAGAACCGCAUCCUCCUUAACUGCCCAUAUUGCACUUACAAUGGGAACAAGAGGACCCUGGAGACACACAUCAGGCUUUUCCACAUGCCCAACAAUGUGGCACGCCAGAGUCCUGGUGGACUCCAGGGGACGGCAGCUGGAUUAAAAGAUGGUGUUCGCCUGGACAAGGUUCGAGAGAGUGUAGAGCAGGCUGUGUACUACUGUAAGAAAUGCACUUAUCGGGACCCACUGUACAAUGUGGUACGAAAGCACAUCUACCGAGAACACUUCCAACACGUUGCUGCUCCAUACAUGGUCAAGCCUGGUGAGAAGACAGCAACACCUAAUGGAUCGGCAGCUGGUUCUGACACUACAGACAGUAAUAGCACUGCAGGUAGUAGCACAGCCAUUCACUGUAAGCGCUGUCUCUUUGUGCCGCGGACCUAUGAGGCACUGGUGCAGCAUGUCAUUGAAGACCAUGAACGCAUCGGUUACCAGGUUACCGCCAUGAUUGGACAUACAAAUGUGGUGGUACCUCGUGCCAAGUCUGGUCUUAUGGUGCCCCCCAAAGGCCAAGGAGAAAAGAACGUCAUUGGUGUUACAUCAAAGGGUUCACUGGUGACUGGUGGAGUGCGACCGUUGUCUGCUCAGCAGUUGAGUCGCAUUGUCAUUCCCAAGGGGGGUUUGAACUCCGCCGGGGUUCUGUCUGGUGUUCAUUUGAAACCAGGUGGACUUGGUUUGAAGGCAGGGACCAGCCAAUCAGUGUCCAUUGGAGGACAAGUACGAAUUACUUUGCCUGGCAGUUCACAUCUCUCGUCUCAAACAGGCAGACAUCACCUUUCUGCUAGCCAUCUACGCAACGCAGUUUCUGCAUCAACGUCUGCUUCCCUUCUGAAGAUUCCUCCACUGAACUCACGAGUCCAGGCAGCUGCUGUGACAACUGGCCCUCCCAAGAAAGGAGCCUCUGCCCUGGGUACAUCUUAUACCCAGAAAUGGAAGAUCUGCACAAUCUGCAACGAGCUGUUUCCAGAAAACGUGUACAGUUCACAUUUUGAGAAAGAACACAAAGCGGAAAAGGUCCCAGCUGUGGCCAACUACAUCAUGAAGAUUCACAACUUCACCAGUAAAUGUUUGUACUGCAACCGCUACCUGCCGAGCGACACGCUUCUCAACCACAUGCUAAUUCAUGGUCUCUCGUGCCCCUACUGCAGGGCUAAUUUCAAUGACGUUGAGAAGAUGGUGGCACACAUGCGUGCAUCACAUCCUAAUGAGUCUGUGGGGGUACGCACUGAUUCCCCGCUGACUUUUGAUCUCACACUUCAGCAGGGCAACCCCAAGAACGUCCAGUUGAUUGUAACCACCUACAAUAUGCGGGAUGCUCCUGAAGAGUCUGUGGCAUUCCAUGCCCAAAACAAUGCCUCACCUGUACCCCAAACAAACAAACCUGCCACCUCACACAGCCCAAAGAUACACUCCCCAGAGGCCCCCCCAGAGGCCAUACGUACCAAGGUUUCACCGCAGACGGCUGUUCCCUAUAAGAGGGAUGUGGGUAAAACCCUUUGCCCACUCUGCUUCUCCAUCCUGAAGGGCCCUAUCUCUGAUGCCCUUGCACAUCACUUAAGGGAGAGACAUCAGGUGAUCCAAACUGUACAUCCGGUGGAGAAAAAGCUAACCUAUAAGUGUAUUCAUUGCCUUGGUGUUUACACAAGCAACAUGACUGCAUCCACUAUAACUUUGCAUCUUGUACAUUGUCGUGGUGUAGGCAAGACUCAGAAUGGCCAGGAAAGCAAGCCUUCUCAUACUACGAGAGUAGUUAAGGCUCAGGGAUCUUCCUUGAAAAGGACUGGAUUUAAUCACAAUGAAGAAACUGACCCAAAGAAACGGAAAUUUGGGCCCGGGAACCAGACUCACCUGUCUGCACCAGUCGAGCCAAAAGAAGAACCUGUUGUAUUGGCUUUGGACCCAAAAGGACAUGAGGAUGAGUCGUAUGAGGCUCGCAAGGCCUUCCUUAACAAGUAUUUCAAUGUGCAGCCGUACCCGACGCGCAGGGAAAUGGAGAAGCUGGCUUCCAGUUUGUGGCUGUGGAAAUCUGACGUUUCGAGCCAUUUUGCGAACCGAAGAAGAAGAUGUUUACGAGACUGUGAAACACAAAAACUUGCUGUUUUGUAUGGCUUCAAAAUGCAUGAUGUUACACGGUUGAAGCAUGAGAUGGAGUUUGAUCCUGAUUGCCAUUUUGAAUCCCCCAGUCAGGAACGAGAAAGCAGGACGUCUAAGGAUGUCAUAGGUCGAUCUGCCAGCGCAUUGAAGCGAUUUCAGGAAAGAACUAUUGCUAAUGGUGAGGUGCAACAGGGAAACACCAAAGCUUCCCCACAGUCAAAUGGUCAAAAGGCCAGCAUAGGGAACAACUGCAAUGAGUCAGUAAAAAUUACCUUAAAACCUCAGGGGCUUCUCAAUUCAGAACCCAUCUCUCUGGACUCGGACAGUGAAGAUGAGAAUGUCAAGGCUGCGCAGCAUGAAACGGACAGUAAUGUGGACAGCCAGCUGGGAGCAAUUGAAAGUGAAGGGGAUCUAAGCGGUUCUGAACCAGAGGAUGCGGUCAAUGGUGAAAAUGGUUAUGGGUCGAUGGACAAGUUACACGAAAGUGAAGAACCUAGUGAAAAACCUAGUAAAGAACCUAGCGUAGAACCCUGCGUAGAACCCUGCGUAGAACCCUGCGUAGAACCCUGCGUAGAACCCUGCGUAGAACCCAGCGAAGAACCCAGCGAAGAACCCAGUGUAGAACCCAGUGAAGAACCCAGUGAAGAACCCAUUGAAGAGGGUCAGGCGGUGAUCACGGACCAGUUAGGACAAUCAGAAUCAGGAACCUACAUUAGCGAGCAACAGGUUUGAUUUUUACGUACAGUAAAAAAAAAAAAAUGGGACAUUUCAUUUGUUACAUUUGCCAGACACCAACAACGCUGCCUCACUUGAAUUUUGAACUUGGACUUUGAUCAAAGGCAGCAGUGGGAUAUGCUUUCCCAAACUUCCUGAAGCCAUUUUCAAGGGCAUAAAAGUAAACAUUUUUGAUAUGUGAAAAUGACUGCUAAAUUACUGAACUGAAGGGUAAGAAACGACUUUUCCUCACAGUAGGGGACAAAAAACACUGAAAAUGCACCAAACCCUAAAAUAUCUUUUGCCUUCAGUUUGUUUUUUGAGAGGUUCACAUACGUACGUAAUGUUUGUUUAGCCACGGCUGUGUGGCAGGAUGAGUGUUCAUUAGGAUUACAGGUAUUCUUGAACUUCAUGUAAUCAUAUAGAAUAGUUAGUGUAUAUUUGUACAGUCUUUUAGAUAUGUCUAAGGAGAUGUUGGUGUAGGUGUAUUCAGAGAUUUGCUAUUCAUUUUGUGCUCACGUUAGAUGGUCAUAUGUUCUACAUUGGUUCACUUAAUGGAUGUGACUUUUGGUGGCUAUUCCUGGUUAUUUUUUAACAAACUAUAGCAUUUUGCUAAGUAAAAUAUCUAUAUAUCAAAUGCAAAUUAAUAUUAACAUUAUCUCUUGCUUUUUAUUUGUACUGUUUAUAACUAAAGUAUUCCUUUUUUACAUUUGCCAUGACAUACCUUACGUUCCACUGUAGAGAGGAGUCCCCUGACACCCUGCCUGUUCCGAGGUCAGAGCGAAGAGCAGUUUGACUGAUUGCCGUGGCGCUGUGCUUUGUAGUUUAAUUGUGUUCAGUUCAGCUCCUCCUGAACAGGACUUUCUUUCUGACUUCCCUUUUUUUUUUAUUGGUUUCUUCCAUGAAUGGACUCUUGCUACUGACUGGUGCACAGAGAGCGUUCACCAUCGACCUGACUUUGUUGUCUGUAUGUUUUAAUUUGUGACCUGAAUUUUAUGUUUGUAUGUUUUUGUUUGUUUAUUUGUCACUUAAAGAAUUUCGGAAUAAUAAAGUGCUGUAUUGUGCUUCUCA